UAUGACGUGAUUGUGACUUUUUGUGUGAGGAGCCUUUAUUCACGCAACGUAUAUAUACGGCCAUCAAUUUCAAGAACGACAUAGUCUAUGUGUCGUGAUGUUCGUGCAAAAGCAAUUCAACGUUUGCCUGGUGGCAGCACUCGCGCUGCAGGUGUUCUUGGUCUCAGCGUCACCGGUGCACCCACCGAGCGCAGAAGAUGCGGAAGAGCAAGAGAAUGUGGAUGGACAACUGAAGACCCGUGGUCUUUGGGAUUCCUUCUCGGCACCUUCACCGUCGGCGGCCCUCAAUGCCGCUGACUCCACUCUCCGAUCGGUCCGCGACCAGGGCACCCGCGCGGUCCGCUCCGUCGCCGGAGCCGGAACUGAACUCGCCACCGGUAUCAACCCCAACACCGUCUACGAGAUGGGUCAGGAAGCCAUGAAGAAGGCCAUCCGCGGCGCCCGCUACGGAACCGAGGUAGUUUACGAUGCAGCGGACAAGACCCUGGACACAAUGCAAUCCCUCCACGACAAGAAGAAGGACCUCGUUGAAAGCUACGUGAAACCCAACGCCCCGGACAUGGUUAACAACGUCAUCGACCGCGUCAACACCGGCUUCGACUCGACAUUGGCUUCCAUUAAGGACCGCGUCCACCAAGGCCGCUCCGUCGCCCAGAGCACCCUCGACAAGCUCGAAGAGAAACUCGAGAACGGUGAGUCUAUCAUGCCCAGCGCCGUCCAGGACGGAGUCCAACGCGUCGGGAAGAUGCUCGCUCCGAUGGCCGACUCAGUCCAGGGUUGGGUGAACGGCUGGAUGCAACCCGCCGCCGGCGCAGCAGCCCCAGCGAAACCCAUGACCGACGAAGAGAUCAAGGUCGAAGACGAGAACAUGUUCGCCGAUUUCGCCAAACCCACCCGCACCGACAGAGUAGAGGAGGCCAUGAGGGCGGCCAAGGCAGCCGAGGAGGCCAGGAUCAAGGCAGCCGAAGAGGCCAAGGCAGCCGCGGAGGCCAAGGCAGCCGAAGAGGCCAAGGCAGCCCAGGCGGCUAUCCCGAUCACCCCCAUGCCACUCCGCAGGAUGAGAUCCCCCGCAGCAAUGAGAGCAGGCGGCGCCGGAAUGCGUUCUCGUUCUUUCAGAGGCUCCCGCCUGGGGGGUAUGAGCGGUCGUUAGGUUUUGAGCGCGUUUAGUUCGAGCGUUUACCGGAGAUGUACAACUAGUAGAUCGAGUAGGGCCUCGAAACAAGAUUAGAUUAUCUGUUUGUUCCACCGCUUGACGGCUGUAGAUUUGGAGCCAUUAAAAAUUUAAAUUUUCGAGCAUGUCAUGAAGCAUAAUUGGACGUAUUUCUGUCGAACGAAGCUAUUUGCAUUAUGACGUGAGUCCUGUUAUGCAUUAUUCUUAUGGGUCUCAGAGCUCGUGUCUUAAUGCACGUAGUUCCAUUUGGCAGAAAUACGUCCACUUAUCAAGAUUGCUAUAGGAGUACAAAUAAUUCUCAAAACGUACUCCGACACUGACCAAUAAUGGCGAACAAGAAAUUUAAAUCUUGUAGAAGAAGGGCAAAUUCACCACCUGCAUUCCACAAAUGACACCGCAGUUAGAGGGUAAAAUGCGUGAUCCGACAAUAUUGACUUCUUUCAAGAUCAAAUUACAUAAUUACAUGAUUAUAGGAACAUACCAAUAUUUACUAAUCCGUGUUUGCCUCAAAUAAUUCGUUGGUAACACCAUUCGGUGUCAUUUUACAGCUCCUCGUGCAGGAUUGACGCUCUUACGAGCUUAUGCGGGGUUCUAAACGAAACACCCACAUAGAGAUGGCUUCCGAUUUGUUCUUUUUCGGCUUCAAUGUGGAAUAGAGUUUUAGGUGGCGUACUCCGUCUACUGGUUGAAUAUUUGUGGUCGUUUCUGAAGAGAAAGUUCCUACAGUAUUAGAGCGUUUUUUCUUUCUUCUUUUAAAUACAUUUCGCAGUAUUUCCAGUUUUCCGUUUUUUCUCGCUUUUUUUUGAGUGUGUUCAUGACUUCAGUACGUUUCCUUGGCUGAUUUAUGAUCAUGGCCUUGUGUGUAAUUUUUUUUUUGAUGAGUGAAUUUUUCCACUAAUAAAGAUUCUGAUUCCUUUUGGGUGAUACCAAA